AGCCUGUGGAGAGCUCACUAGCCGUGGUAGGAUUCCGGAGCGGUUGCAGCUGCCUGCAGAUCCUCCUCUAGAGUUUGACCAGGCGCUCUGCAGCUUGGCUUGCGAGCUCCGCGGAGAUGCUGUCCUGCCGCCUCCAGUGCAUGCUGGCCGCGCUCUCCAUUGUCCUGGCCCUGGGCGGUGUCACUGGCGCGCCCUCGGACCCUCGACUCCGUCAGUUUCUGCAGAAGUCACUGGCUGCUGCCGCAGGAAAGCAGGAAUUGGCCAAGUACUUCUUGGCAGAGCUGCUGUCUGAACCUAACCAGACAGAGAAUGAUGCCCUGGAACCUGAAGAUUUGUCCCAGGCUGCUGAGCAGGACGAGAUGAGGCUGGAGCUGCAGAGAUCUGCGAACUCAAACCCGGCCAUGGCACCCCGAGAACGCAAAGCGGGCUGCAAGAAUUUCUUCUGGAAGACUUUCACAUCCUGUUAGCUUUAUUAAUUAUUGUCUUCUACAUCAGUCCUCAGAUUACUUUCCUCCAGACCCCGAUUCUCUUCUUUAA